GUUUGUUUACCACAAACUUCUUUUUCACCCGUUCACAAAAGGAGCAGCUGCUACACACUUUUACUGCAUUUUGAGCAACAAUUCCCCAGAAAACUUCCAUAAAUCAUCAAAGUUUUUGGACAUCCAAGCCGCGUGUUGAAGGUGUGCCGUCAUGAAAUGGGAAAAGUUGAAGCCUCCAGAACCAGACGACCAAAUGUGUUGUUGUGAGUGUGACGUCUUCCAGUGUGGAUGUUGUUGUUGUGACUGUGACGACGUGGACCAGGCCUUUAACAGAUGGUUGCGGGACAGGACACCAAAAGCUGGAUGUCACUCUGCUCUCCUGGGGGCCUUGAUUGACCACCUGGAGAUCUCCAUUGUUCCAGCACUGGUUCUCCUGCCGCUCCUGAUGCGUGUGGCGGCGCUGCACUACCUGCUGGGCAUCAUGACCUUGACGGCUCUGCCUGGCCUGGUGCUGUGGCUCUACUACGCCACCCACAGGAGGAAGAGACGCACACUCUUCUUCCUCACCCUGGCGCUCAACUCUCUGGCCUACACCUACUACCUCUUCAUCACGGAGAUUCUUCCUCGUGGGGACGUGAGCCGCAUCCAGCUGUGCUCCCUGACCGCCGGGGUGAUCCUGACUAUUGCCUCGCUGGUUCGGACCAAGAGAGGUCCGGGAUUUGUCAGGACUGAAGCUGUUGAGUAUUCGCCACACGCUAGCGUCCAAUCAGAGGCGUCCUCUUGCGCAGGCGCAACAUCACAGUUUCCCACAGGAAGUGGACGAUGCAGCUGGUGUCCUGUGUGCAAAAUUAGGCGACCACCUCGGGCGGGACAUUGUAGGACAUGCGGAGCUUGCGUCCAACGCCUGGACCACCACUGUGUCUGGAUAAACAGUUGUGUAGGACAGGCUAACCACCGCAGCUUCCUGUUGACCAUGUGCGUGUUCCUGCUGACAUCUUUGUACGGCAUCGGCCUGGUGUUGCACAGCCUGUGUCCUCAACAGUACCUGGUCAGCGCGCUCUUCUACUGCCCAGGUGUCUACACUCAGUCCAGCUCAGCGCUCUGCUUCACAUGUGCCUGGUACGGCGUCAUCGUAACGGGCGGCCUGAUGUACCUGCUGUUGGCGCAGGUGAUGAAUAUCAGCUUCAAUGUGACAGAGCGGGAGGCUCAGCUGGCCCUGAGGAACAAAACGGGCCAGAGACGCCUGUGCGGGCUCGCCGUCGCCACGGGAACGAAUUCACGAGGCCUCUACCAGAACUGGGUUGACUUCCUCACUAUGGCCGAUGCCUCGGCGUAUCCUCGUUCAGGCCCCACUGACGUGGUCUAGUUUCCUCAACAUGUGUGUGUGUAUAAUCACACACACAGAGAGAGAGAGAGAGAGAGAGAGAGAGAGAGAUUAACUUUAACAGUAUGUAAAAGUUUGACUCCUAUCUUGUUUACGAACAGAAAUAUCAAGCCGCUAAAAUGCGGCAAACAUGGAAAUGUGUGGAGAGUGUGUUAUAAAUGUUUCCCAUCCUGCACUUAAAUGGGUGUAUUUUAUACUUUUUUGAUGGUGUUUGGAUGUUUUUCAUAAUAUCCACAAUGUUCAGCUCAGUGGCCUUGUGGUUAGAGUUCAAACCCCGGCCGAGUCAUACCAAAGACUAUAAAAAUGGGACCUACUACCUCCCUGCUUGGCACUCAGCAUCAAGGGUUGGAAUUGGGGGUUAAAUCACCAAAAUGAUUCCCGAGCGCGGCCACUGCUGCUGCUCACUGCUCCCCUCACCUCCCAGGGGGUGAACAAGGGGAUGGGUCAAAUGCAGAGGACAAAUUUCACCACACCUAGUGUGUCUGUGACAAUCAUUGGUACUUUAACUUUAACUUAACUUCAGUGAGUAGGUUGUGUUUUGUGUGACCAUGUGUGCUGACCUUUUAGU